AUGCAGGUGGUCGGGCACAAGCAAAGAGUUAAUCCUGCGGUCCCUUCGCUCCUCCUCUUUGAUGUCCUGACAUCAUUAGUCCGGCCCCCUGAAAGAUUUCCUCGCCUCCCUCCGAGCCCGUCACUUUCUACUCUGCAAUGUUUACCGGAACUUCAGCGGCAGCAUCAGGACCGAGUGUUUGCCCCAGGAAGAGAGACAUGCUCUGAAGACGCUCCCGGUUCAGGGAUCACAGUGGACGCCACAGGUGUAGCCGCCGGGCUCAGCAGAGUAAUGGCUGUUCAGACUGCAAUCAUGAACCCUCAGUUCAUGAAUUUCUGCUUCCCCGGCUCUGUGAUGGAGUACGAGGUGGAGAAAAGUCUGGACGGCAGUCUCCUGGGCGAGGCGGAGAACGACGAGGACUACAAAGAAACCACCAGAGACCUGCUGAGCUUCAUCGACUCGGCCUCCAGCAACAUCAAGCUGGCUCUGGACAAGCCGGUGAAAUCCAAACGGAAAGUCAACCACCGGAAGUACCUCCAGAAACAGAUCAAAAGGUGCACGGGCAUCAUAACGCCGGGAACCGGAGCGGACGCCCCGGCGAAGAGACAGGGCUCCCCUUUGACUCAGCCGGGUCCUCUGCAGAGCAAGACUCUGCCGAAGCGCGAUGGGAUCCAGGCCAACCUGCAGAGCAAGAGCCUGGCAGCGCUCUUCAGUCCCGUGAAGGAUAUCAGGGGGGAGAAAGCCAAGAAGCCGCCCCUGAGGCACCGCAACCUGCCCCCCUCUUUCUUCACUGAGCCCACCAACUGCUCCAAGGUCAGCUCCACGUCCGGCAUGACGCUGAAGGACCUGGAGCGGGGGAAUCCCGAGGCCGCCGAGUUCUUCGAGCUCCUGGGGCCCGACUACAGCAACAUGGUGAGCGAGCAGGACCUCUACCACGGCAUGGCGCUCAGGGUGCAGCCGGAGCUGGGGGGCCCCGACCCGGCUCCCUACGACGCUCACCACCUUGUCGGCGGCCUCCUCUACUCCGAGCCCUGGACUAGCUGCUCGGGACCCUCCAAGAAGGCGGGGGAGAGCGUGCGCUCGGGCCCGGCCCAGCCCCCUGCGUACUGUCAGUCCGAGGCGCUCUCAGGGAGCGUGGAAGACAACGCACUGUGCACUUUGGCCUUUCCCAGCUUCUUCACAGACUGCCCCACACCUCAGGUCGCCUAUGAUAUCAGUGGGGGUUAUAACAGAGCUAAUUAUUCAUCUCUAUGAGAAACUGACCAUCCUGCUAAUCAGAAAAAAGUUUUAACAGUAGUUUCAGAGAGUUUUAUAUCACUGUGUUGUAUUUG